AUGUUAUUUGCAGUAGAAGGAGGAGGUUUUUUCUCUUCUUCAGCUUCUGGAUACACUAACGGCCUAAAGCUUCUUGUGUUGGGUCGGGAAAUCGAAGAGGAACCAAUGAGAGUAACGCCGUGGAAUCAGUACCAGUUGGUGGACCAAGUGACCGAUCCUUCUCUCCAGCUGGCUUCAGCGAAGAACUGGCUUGUCCGUGGGCGUGCCGCCUCCUUGGUGUGCUUUGGUCGAACCACAGCUCAACCUGAAUGCACGUCCCAUCUGAAAGUCGGUCCUAAUCAAAACAAAGAAGUAUUGCCCGAGCCUGUGGCUUUUGAUGAGAGUAAAGAUCAGGCACACCUGGUUAAUCCUACUAGUUACGAUGAUCUUGGCAGCAAGUUGAGUAGUCGAAAGAGUAGCUUGAAGAAAUCGAAGAAAAAUGAAGCUAUUACCUUCAUUGAUGGUGGUGGUAGAAAUAAUCGAAAGUGUGGAGAGUUUCUUGAACAGGUCGAUGGCGUCGAUUGUCAUAUAGAUAGGAAGAGAGUUCAGUGGACAGACAUAUCUGGGGGAGAGCUGUUUGAGAUUCGGGAGUUCGAGAUGAGUGAAGAUGGAUCAGAUUUCAACUACGAUCUUGAGAACGGGAAGUUUGUUGUUGUUUCGAUUUUGGUUCUGGUUCCGGUUUGA